AGCAUGUACCCCUUGUCUAAAUGCCAUUCACUAAUGCUUUUAUUUUAUCUAAUCAAUAAUUAGGUCUAAUAUUUUUUUAAAACCAUUGACUGUAAAAGUAAUAUUUACUGGAAUGGAAGAUGAUGAGGACUUUGAGGAGGAAGAUGAGGAAGAUUAUAGAGCUGCAAACAGAGGGAAAAUUUCAGCUGUUUUUUCUGCCAUCUCAGGUGUUAUGACUGGUUUUCUCAGGAACUGGGUUUGUUUCAAAGCAUCAGAGAUGUUGAAUGUACCAUCUCAGUCUUUUCCGGCAGCUGGAUCCCAGCAGAGAGUCGCACCAACCGGACAGUCCAGAAAUAAGGUGGCGCUAAAGCCAGGUCACAGUCUCCUGGACUGGAUCCGACUGACCAAGAGUGGACGUGAUUUGACUGGACUGAGAGGAAGAUUGAUUGAAGUGACAGAAGAGGAGCUGAAGAAACACAACACCAGGAAUGACUGCUGGACCUGCAUUAGAGGUAUGGUCUAUAACGUGAGUGCCUACAUGGAUUUCCAUCCUGGUGGGGAGGAGGAGCUAAUGAGGGCUGCUGGGAUUGAUAGCACUGACCUGUUUGACCAGGUCCAUCGGUGGGUGAAUUAUGAGUCCAUGCUGAAGGAGUGUCUGGUGGGGAGGAUGGCAGUGAAGCCCAGCCCUGUUCUUCAAGUUCAGACAGAGAAGACGGAGAGCACUCACGUGAACGGUUUGUCUGUUCCUCCACCGUUAAGACAAGAGCCUUUACCUACUCCUCUCCCUACCAAAGAUCAUCGCCCUAGGUAUGACUGGUUCCAGACAGAUGGCACUGUUAAUAUUGUUGUUUAUACCAAGCGAAAGAUUCCCAAUGCCGGCUGUGCAGUGGUGGAUCUACAGGGUGACACACUUCGGGUGGAGAUGCUCUUGGGAAAGAUGUCGUACCUUCUCUACUGGCGCCUGUCCAGUGAAGUUCAAGGACAUGUUGACGUCCUGACAGCCCACUCUGUAGGAAAAGUUCAGGUGUGUCUGCACAAAUCUGUCAAAGACAAGUGGACAAAAGUGGGGCAGCCACUAGAACACCAUGACACAUUCAUUCAGUGUAAAGAUCGUGAGCUCUUCUAUAGGGAAUGUGUGUUGGUUUCGAAAACAGACGUGACACACAACACACAGAUCUUGCGUUUACAGCUUCCUCCAGGGUCACAUAUGCAAGUUCCUGUGGGGAGACACAUCUACCUCAAAACAUCUCUCCAGGGUACAGAUGUUGUGAAACCCUACACACCAGUGGAUCAGACGCUAAUACCUCCCUCACAAUCCAGCGCUGGAAUGGGCUCAGACUUACAUCUCAUGAUGAAGAUCUACCUUGAUGGAUUAUUGACCUCACAUCUCGCCAACCUUCCUAUUGGAUCCUCUCUGUUAGUAGGUGGUCCUGAGGGGUCCUUCACUACGCGAAUCCUGCGUGAUGUCACUCAUUUGUACAUGUUAGCAGCCGGCACAGGUUUCACACCCAUGGCUCGUCUCAUACAGCUGGCCCUACAGGACCUCACAUCAAUCAGAAAAACCAAGCUGAUGUUCUUUAAUCAUCAGGAGAGGGACAUACUUUGGUGCUCUCAGCUGGAUGAACUAUGUACGAAAGAAGAAAGGUUUGAGGUGGAGUAUGUUCUGUCAGAGCCGACAGACUCAUGGAAAGGCAGAAGAGGGCGAAUAGAUGCUUGUAUGCUGCAAAACUUCCUGGAGAGACCAGAAAACGCCAAGUGUUUAGUGUGUGUGUGCGGCCCAACCGGAUUCACAGAAUUAGCAGUGCAAUUGGUCAGACAGCUGAACUUCAGUGAAGAGGAAGUUCACAUUUUUCAGGGCUGAUUGAGACACUGAAGUGAAACAUAGAUUUCACAGACACACACUUGCAGACCAACUCUAUGCAUAUAAGAUGCACUUUCAGUCAAAACAAGCUGUAACACCAUUCUGUUACAUUGUCUUACAAUUUGUAGAAAUCAAAUAGUACAACGAAAAGCCUGCAGUGACAAACAUCAGACGUUUGUUUCGUAAGCUUUCUUUUUUCUUUAUAUUUUCCAUUUGUAGUUUAAAACAACUGAGAAUAAUUCUGCUAGGUUUGUUUUUGCAAUGAAACGAAUGAUCAGUUAUGUUUUCUGCAUUUGUUUUUCAUAUUCAUGACAUGAACUAGCACUUUGUUUAAUGCAACCGAACAUAACUUCAUUGAGGAAGCAAUCCAUGCAGCCAGUUUUGGUGCUGUGUCUCCAUAUAGUAAAUUGAAAUGGUCAGUAAAUCAGGAUGCUAGAGAUGGGUUAUUUUACAAGUAUAGUUAUUGCUGUUUAGAGAUGCUAAUCUGACUGCCGAAUUAAGGAGGUUUUUCAGUGUAUGUACAGAUAAUAUUCUAAUAUGUUAAAUUAUCUAUCUGGAAUGCAGUUUCCCUACAGAAACGUAAACUCCUUAAAUAUAUUUUGUGGCGCUAGUGCUGUUGUGUUACAGGUCUGAUGUCAGUUUAGAGGGGGAUGAAUAGUUUCAUUGGUUAAAAAAACUAUUAUAGCAAAGCACUUUCUGUUAUACCAGCAAACCAGGUUGCUCUUGAAAUGUCUGUUCAUGCAGUGUUUAUUGCAUGAUACUUUGGAUAAAAUGUAUUUGAUAUGUUGCAGUUAAUAUAUUUAUUUCUUGAAGAAAGCUCUGAAAUAUGAAUGACUGUAAAAACUGCUAAUUAUCUGACUGACUGGUCAACCACUGACGGCUUCCAACUUUAACAGGAUUGCCUCUUUAUCAGUGCCCACAUUCAAGGAUGGAUGGGAUGAUGUGGCACUAAGCUGUAGGAAGAAAGUAAAAUUAAGUGGUUAAAAAAAAAAAAAAAAAAAAAGAUGCGUUUGUGUCUCAGUUUUGAUGUUUUAUGCUCAUUUCUGCUGCUAUCUGCAGUCUUAUUGUCAAAUUUCUCAUCUGCAAGAAAACAGUAAUGUUGUUAACAGUGUCAAAUAGUACAGCAAGAUUUAUUCUAAUCAAGGGAAAUCCUAAAAUAAAAUGCAAUGCAAUUUGAUUUAUGUAAGAUUGAUAUUUUUAAUGUAAUUAAAGGAAUAGUUCACCCAAAAAUGAAAAUUUACAUUCAGGCUAGUUAAGCUGCAGAUUUGGAAGAAAAUAUUACAUGAAUUAUUACAAAAUAUCACAGUGGAUCUUCCGCAGUGAAUGGGUGCCAUCAGGAUAAGAGUUCAAAUGUAAUCCACACCACUCCAGUCCAUCAAUUAAUGUCUUACGAAGUGAAAAGCUGCAUGUUUGUAACAAAUCCAUUAAGGCAUGACAAGUUUGACAAGGUGCUUCCUCAAAAAAAAAAAAAAAAAAAAAAAUCAAAA